AUGACUUCCGCCGACCACCAAUAUGGUGCAUCCACUGGCAGCUACCUGCCUCGCCAGCCAUCUGCUCUUUCUAUCAGUUCAGCAGCCAUAGGAGGAACCAGCACUCCAAGCGAGUUCCAUUCGAGAAGACAGCCACGUGUAUUCAAGAGCUACCGGUUACAGGGAGAUUACGUGCAGCCAUGGGCCGACGACAAGAGAAUGAACAGGACCAAGAUUGGCAACUACAUCGUUUGGGGUUUCAUUGCCCUCGGACUUGUCGCCAGCGGGUACAUCAUAUAUCUUGGUACAAAAGAAGCGAGCAUUCCACCUCAAUGUCUGAUCAUGGAGGACCACUUCGAGUCCAUAAACAGUGAUAAUUGGGGUUACGAGGUUCAAACCGGUGGCUACGGCAAUGGCGAGUUUGACUGGACGACAAACGACCCAAAGAACAGCUUUGUUGAUGCUGAAGGACUGCACAUUGUCCCAACCCUUACCGUCGAAUCUACCAGUAUCACCGAGGAGCAGCUCCUGAACGACUACACACUCAACAUUACCAAAUCAGAUGGUGAUGGCUCAUGCACAUCAAGCGACGUCCUAAAAGCCUGCGGUGUUAGAUCGAACUCGACUAUCGGCACUAUUAUCCCACCUGUGCGAUCUGCUCGCAUGACCACCAAGGGCAAGAAGAGUAUCAAAUAUGGGCGCGUAGAGAUUGUUGCAAAGAUGGCCAAGGGUGAUUGGCUAUGGCCCGCGCUGUGGAUGAUGCCCGAAGACGACGCAUACGGCGUGUGGCCUCGCUCCGGAGAAAUCGAUAUCGCCGAGUUCCGUGGCAAUGACUACCACUAUCCUGAGGGCCGCGACUUUGUGUCUUCCACCCUCCACUGGGGACCCUCAUACCAGCACGAUGCCUACAAGGAGACACAUGGUACUCGUUUCUUGCGCCGCAAGGAUUUUAGCUCCGACUUCCACGUCUUUGGUCUUGAGUGGACCGAAGAUUACCUCUUCAUGUACCUGGAUAGCCGCCUUAAGCAGGUCACCUACACCAAAUUCAGUGAGAAGAAGCUUCUUUGGGAUCGGGGUGGUUUCUCUACCAUGACCACAGAGAACGGCACACUUUACGACAACCCGUGGAAGAAGGGCGGCAAGAAUGCUCCAUUCGAUCAGAAGUUCUACCUCAUUCUCAACGUCGCUGUCGGUGCGCAAAAUGGCUGGUUCUGGGACGGUAAAGGCGGAAAGCCUUGGGUCGACGGCAGCGACUUCGCCGCCAGAGAUUUUUGGAAGGCCAAGGACGACUGGCUCCCAACUUGGGGCGAGGGCAACGACCGCGGCAUGACUGUCAAGUCUGUCAAGAUGUGGCAGCAUGGCAAAUGCUAG